AUGUUCUCCUGGAACCUGCCCAGCACCACGGCUGGUCCGCAGAAAGCUCCAGGUGCAGACACCGCCCGGCGCUCCUCCCGGUCCUCGGCUCGCCCAGGAUCUGGCCCUGGAAGGCGCCCCCAGCCCCGGAAUCUCUGCCCCAGCCAGUGCCAAGCCGGUGAGAAAUUUAAUGCUUUUGCAACUUCCUUGCCAUCAAGAAACACUACAAACAAGAAAUACAAAAAAUUUUGUAAAAUAAUGGAGAAGAAAAAUUGAUUUGAAAUUAAGGAUUUGAUCCCAGAAUAUCAGAAAAAGUAUGGAGUCUCAAAAGAAAACAUUUUGUACAAUAUGCCAAACCAGUAGAACAUUCACAAGACUUCAUUACCUCUUUAUAAAUCUUUUUCAGUAUUUCAGAAAAAUGAAAUGCUUUCUAACCUCUACCUCACACUAUAUGAAGAAGUACCCCAAGGAUAUUUAUGUUCACAAGAAUUAAAAUUAAUUAUGCAAGAUACAGAAAGUGAGAACUCAAAGUCUAAACUGUAAAACUUGAAGAAUGUUACAAGCCCUGAUAAGCCUCUGAAUAAAAAUGGUAUUUCUGAUAUUUCAAAACUUCAGAACCCUAUUGUGAGAAGACAUUCCACUCUCUUAAAACAUGUUUCAACUAAGGUAAAUACUACAGUGAAUACCCUGAAAAAUGCCUGUGAAUGUAUCAGUCAGCUCCAAGAAAAUUAUAUUGCUCCAGAUGAACUCCAGUACAUUUUACCUUAAUUAGGUAUUACUUUAUUAGAUAAAGACUUACAUAAGAUUAUGACAGACUGAGAAUUAUGACAGACUACUAGAAAUUAAAAUGGAAUGGUGAAUUUAAGUGACUUUAUGAUUGUUCUCUGCAAACUGCAAAGUUUUUCAGAGUACACAAUGUAGACAAAUAUCAAAGCCAUGAUAAAAUUCAAGAUGAAAAUUUUGAGAUUUGAGGAUCUAAAAUGUAUUCAAAAUUUUGGAAUUUAUCUUUCUAAACUAGAACUUGAAAUGAUCAUAGAGUUGACUGAAGCUGAUGAAACACAAAAAGUAAAUUUUAAAGAAAUUGUUAGUACCAUGAUGAGCAACACAGAAUGCUUCUCUGAAAAAUUACUCUUGUCUGAUGCUAUUGAAAUCUCUAAUAUCAUUAGGGGGCAGAGAAGUGUUUCUGAUCUGUGAAACACUCUGUCUGAUCUGAAUAAUUUAAAAAAGGUAAGUUCCUUCUGCAUUGAAAUUAGAACAGUUGUUGAAAGUGACAAAGUACAGUUUGAAGAAUUAAAAGUUAUUAAGAAUGUGUGUGAUAACUUCAGACCAGGAGAAUUACCUGAGAUUGUCUUGGCCCUUCAUUCACUUGAAGACAACAUGAUAGCUGGGAAGAAUUUGGAAGAUUUUCCAAAGAAUGUUGGGAUUAAUCACCAAAAGAAGUCAUAAAAUAUUAUUCAAUCAAAUUUUAUUUCUGAAUAUGAAAUAGUGAAUGUUAAAAGCUGUAUGAAGGCUUUGAGGAACACCCAGAAGUUUCCCAAUUUUAUUGCACUGAAUGAGGCUAUCAACACCAAUAAGUUGGAUUAUAUGAAAGAAUGUUAUCAGUUUGAUAAAGAAAUACAUUCAGAUGUACUUGAAAAUACUGACAGACAUUUUAUUAUUGAUACUCUUAAAAUAAUAAAGGAAGACUACUUUGUUGAAGGAAAAAGAGGUGGUCAGAUCCUGAAAGAAAAGCAAAGGCUGAUAGCCCAUAUGCAGAGGACAACACUGAAAAGGAGAUUUCAACUAAAGAGAUCUUCAUAA